GCCUCAGCCUGAACGACUGCUUGCCUGUGAAGAGGGUCACGCUCGACCGGCUGCAUCGGAACCAUGUGUGACCAGCAGCAGAUCCAGUGCUGCCUGCCGCUACCACAGUGCUGCAUCAAGGGUCCCUCCUUCUGCUCCUCUCACUCUCCGUUUGCCAACAGCCAAGUGGUGGUUCAAGCCCCUUGUGAGAUGCAAAUUGUGGAGUGCCCUGUAUCAUGCCCAGUUCAAGUUUGCCAGGUGACAGACCAGGCUCCAUGUCAGUCUCAGACCACGCAGGUGAAGGGCCAGUCGAAGACCAAGCAGGCGAAGGGCCAGGCUCCAUGUCAGCCUCAGACCACCCAGGCGAAGGGCCAGGCUGCAUCCCAAACUCAGAUUUCCUCUGUUCAAAGUCAGGCUCCACGCCAGUCUGAGGUGUCCUACGUGCAAUGCGAAGCCUCACACCCUGUUCAGACUUGCUUUGUAGAAUGCGCUCCAGUUUGUUACACGGAAACUUGUUAUAUGGAUUGCCCAGUCCAGACCUAUGUACCCUGGACAGCUCCUCAGCCUGUCCAGAUGUAUGUGGAGCGUCCUGCGGUGUGCCAGUCUCAGAGAUUCUCCACCCAGUGUCAGUAUCAAGGCUCCUAUAGCAGUCGUGGGCCCCAGUUUCAGUCAAGGGCUACCUACAACAACUGCACCCCCCAAUUCCAAUCGAGGCCAUACUACAGCAACUAUGGCCCCCAGUAUCAGUCCCGGCCUUCAUUUAGCCCCUGUGCACCCCUGCGCCAGACCCAGGGCUCCUACGGGAGCUUCCCGGCACAGCGCCGGUCUCGGAGCACCAGCAGAUGCCUUCCCCCUCCUCGGCGGCUGCAGCCUUUUCCCCGAAGCUGCUCUCCACCAAGACGCUUAGAGUUCUGCUCCAGCAGCUACCUGCCGUCAAGACCCUCUGAAGGUUUCCCUAACUACUGCACCCCACCCCGCCGCUCUGAGCCCAUCUAUGACAGCCGCUGUCCUCGACGUCCCACUUCGAGCUGUCCUCAGAGGCGUGGCCCCAAGUGCCGAAUCGAGAUUUCCUCCCCCUGCUGCCCCAGGCAGGUUCCCCCACAGAGGUGUCCUGUUGAGAUCCCUCCCAUCAGACCCCGCUCCCGGAGCUGUGGCCCGCAGCCCUCCUGGGGUGCCUCCUGCCCGGAGCUGAGGCCACAGGUACAGCCACGUCGGCUUCCAAGCUACUGUCCACCACGACGUCUUGACCAGUAUCCGGAGUCACCGCUGCAGCGAUGUCCACCUCCUGCUCCACGUCCACGUCUGCGCCCAGAACCAUGCCUAAGUCCGGAGCCACGCCCGCGUCCUCUACCAAGGCAACUUUCAGAACCUUGUUUGUAUCCGGAACCACUUCCAGCACCACGUCCAACACCGCGGCCAGCUCCUCGUCCUCGCCCAGCGCAGCGUGAGAUUCCGGAGCCACGUCCAUGCCUGCAGCCCUGGGAGCGCCCAGAGCCUUGUCCGCGGCCAGAGCCAAUUCCCCUGCCUGCGCCCUGCCCAAGCCCCGAGCCCCUCAGGGAGCCUUGGCGCAGCCCCAGCCCAUGCUCAGGCCCAAAUCCGAUUCCAUACCCAAGAGACCUAGGCUGUCACGAGUCUAGUCCACACCGCCUAGACACCGAAGCUCCCUGCUGUGGCCCAACCAGUUAUAACCAGGGGCAAGAGAGUGGUGCUGGCUGUGGGCCUGGUGAUGUGUUUCCAGAGCCAAGGGGACAGCGUGGCUGUGAAGACCAAAGCAAUGCCUGUGCUGGAGUGAAAGGUGAACCCAACAGUGCUUUUUUCUAAAGGAAAGGUGACUGAGACCACCCUGUCUCCUGCUCUGAAAAUGUUCCUCCUAUUCCGCAAUUUUUAGUGGGCUCCUGUUUGAAUCUCUCCAAAGAUAUUCAGAGACUCCCUACCACAAAGGGGGUGUCCAAACUGCUUUGCCUAUCAUCCAGAGAUCCACACCUGGGUCUCAGAUGCCUCCUCACGUGGCACUCCCCGCCUGUACAUAUCCUUAGCUCUAGCCAGACUAGUCCAGCCACCAGGCACAGCUUGGGCGUUCCCCAUGUCAUACCUUAAAUGUCCCUGCCUCCAAGCCUCUGCUCACUCUUUCCUGCCUGCCCGGACCACUUCUCUCCUCCUGAAAUCCAAUCCAUCUUUCAGUGCCUCUGUCUUGGAGCCUUCUUUGAUUGCUCCCACUCACAAGAGCCUGUGCUGACUUCCUAGAACUCUGCAUCCUCCACACUAUCUACUUGGCAACUGGCUGGUGACAUCUCUUGAAUUGUUAUUUCACUUUUCGGGUGUGUCUUCCUUAUCUGCCCACCUAGGUUGUAAACUCCCAACUGAGUGGAGUCAGAAAAUCCCUGCAUCUCACUGCCUGUCCUGGGGCUGCCUGUUGCUUAGCGAGGCUUGUGGGUUGGCAGCUUGAAUCAUGUUCUGUCCUGAUGCUCAACUGCAGGAACUGAGAGAAGGCCACGUGACAAUAAAGAUCGUGAUGUACUCAC